CCAAAACACUUAAUUAGAAUGACUUAAUUAGAAAAGUUCUAAUUUUUUAAUUUUUUUUAAGAAGUUCUAAUGUUUUGUUUUGUUUUUCUUUUAAAGGGUACUCAAAGAACUCGCUAAAGCCUCUCCCUCUCUACACAAACACUAAACCCAAACACUAAACCCACUGCAAAACCCUAACUCCAAACCCAUUCUCCUCCCCCAACAUAACAUUCGAUCAUGGAUGCUUUGUUCGUACUCACCUGCUCUUCUUCUUCGUUUUUUCUCAAGAAUCAACCCUCCUCCAUUACAUGGUGUACCGUGCUUUGUUGGAAGAGAUUAUAGACGUAGCGCUUCCUCCGAUUCUGUUGGGCAUUCUUGUCCUUGGAGUGCAUUCCGUUGUUAAAUCGUAUUCACGAGGAUGGAAGUGCUGGAUUGCCAUUUUGACUCUCUGCCGCAUGUAUGAGAUGGUUCUACAAAGGCAAAGCGCAUUCCACCCGCGUAAUUACAUUGUGCUCAUUCGUAAGGUUAGCACUAACUUGCUUGAGAUAGUGGAUAUGGUUAUGCCUAUGGUUCUACUGGUUAUUAUCAUGAUCGCAUCCCACUUCCUUUAUUUCGCUCCAAUUCCAUGGCCUUUGAUUCGCUGGGCAGCUGCUUUGGUUUUGUGCAUCAUCUUUAUAGUUCGAGCCCACAUUCAGAACCGAUGGCCUAAGCAGGAGGAUGGAGAUGCUGGAGGGCAGACCCUGCUAGCUAUGAUCAUAUAAAGAUGAUCGGUCUUGAAAUCUCCAUGUAAAGUUUUAGCUGGAGAAGAUAUUCAGAUUGAAGCUGUCUAUAUUAGCACUCUUUGACCAUUAUAUUUGACAGUCCGUAUUAGCUGUCUAUAUCUCGAUAUUCCAGAUUGAAACUGUCUACAUUAGCACUCUUUGACCAUUUAUUAGUUGGAAUAUUAGUAUUGCGGCUAUAGUUGCAUUAUAUAAUUUUGUAUCCAAUAGCAAUAUGAGACAAUUACUCAUGUUUUCAACAGAGAAAUGAUGAAAGAAAGUUGGUUCUUGGUUCUUUUGU